AUGCUGCUACCAGUGCCUGAAAGAAUAGCCAUAAAAAAAGUUUGUUCCAAAUGGAAAGAAGCAUGUGAACUAGCUUGGUACGACAUUAAAAAUUACUCAUUUGGCGGUGGUGUUUUUGAUGGAAAGUUGUUGGCACCAUCAUAUGUUGAAGAAGCAUUAUCAAAUUUUGGUAUUUAUUUGAGAGUUCUGGCUCUUUGGAGAAAUUGCAACUCUAGUGUUAUGCCUAUCAUAGAACACAUUGAUAUUAAUAUUAACCACUGGGACAUAAAGACUCCAAACAUACUCAAUAAUAUUUUGAAUUCAUCCAAGAGUAUAAGAUAUUGCAAUAUUAUGUUGCAUCCAGAUUGUAAUGCACCAGAUAUUUCAAUUAAAAAUUGGGAUAAUCUUCUAAACUUGGAACAUCUCGGUACUCGUUGGAGAAUUAAUAAUAACACAGCAAUCAAAUUGGUAAAAUAUUGCAAGAAUUUAAGGUCUUUAGAUAUAAGGAGUGAAGGAAUAAUAGAAACAGCUCUUCAAAAAUUGACAGAACUAAAAAAUCUUGACACUUUAAAUUAUUCUUUCGCGGAUGGAAUUGCAAUGGAUGAACUUGAUAAUGCAAUACUUACAAUUUCAAACACCUGGAAAAAACUUAAACAUCUGACUAUAUCAGAUGAUAGUCCCCCAGAUGAUAUUGAUGUUGAUAAUAUUGAACCAUUUGAUCCUUCAGUAAUUUAUGAUGAGUUGUCAAAAUUGCAAUAUCUUGAAGAGUUAAAUGUGUUAAAUAUGCGUGAUUUCCAAGAUAGCAGUAUUAUUGCUAUUGCUAAUUCAUCUCUCAUGUCUAUAAUCAGCUUGGAAAAUUUAGAAGAAUUAAAUGUCGGUAAUAUUGAUGGUGUUACAGAUAAUUUUAUCAGUAAAUUGAAAGGACUAAAGAAACUUCGGUGUGAAUAUUCUAAAAACAUCACUGAUGCUGGCAUGAUUCAAUGCUUAAAAAAUUGUCCAAAUCUUGAAGCUCUUUGUCUCUACCACUCUAACAUUACAAUUAACACGCUUGUUGGUGCUGAUGAAAUAACUCAAAAUCGUAUAAAUAAUAUUGUUUUGUAUUUAUUCUAUAAUAAUUCUACAGAAGCUUCAAAGUUAAAAACUAAAUCCAAAUGGUUAGUUCUUCGUCCCGGAAAGCGGAAUUAUUGCGGAUAA